AUGGUUACGGAGGCAGAGGAUUUUCAAAAGAUGUGUAGUAACGUUGAGCUGAAGAAACCGAUUUUCGGUAGGGAAUGUGGUACGGUAGAUCCUCAUGAAAAUGUUUCAAAUUAUCAUAAUUAUUUAUCAAGAGAGAUUUCUACUAAUAGUAUAGAAAAAUAUAACUUAAAUGAAAAUUUAAGUGAUUUACAAACUGUUAGUGAAAUUUUUCCGAGUUACCCUGUUUCGAACUAUAACAGUUCCCGUCCAGGAGCAUUUUUUCCUUGGCCACGGAAUAUUACAGGUGAAAGAGUAGAAAAGUAUGAUAGUCGAAGUAUAUCUUGCAAUGCUCUACUUGGAAUUGAAAUAGAACAUCGUCCGCCAACAAAUAUUCCAGGACCAAUUAAAAUGGCAUUUGGUAGAGCUGCACCUGGUUAUUAUGCACAAAAAUAUCCAAGUAAAGAAACAUGGUUCAAUUCCAAUGCAUUGCAUCGUCAUAUACCUAUAAUAAGAUUUAAUCCAUUUUCACGUAAUCUAGAUAACUAUAAAAACUAUAACAAUGGAUAUAAAGAAUAUUUAUAUAGAGUAAAUGAAUUGACAGAAUAUCAAGAUAAAUAUUUAGCAAAUACUCCAUCGUUAUGAAAACAAAUUAGAUAAUCCUGUUUUAACUUUGAAGAUAUAAAAGAAAAUCAUACACACACGUAGACACAUAAAUUGUAGGUUAGUGACUUGAUCUUGAGGAUGGGUCAAGAAGAAGUAAAAAAUAGACACACUCUUCUGUUCUUUUUUCUUGUUUUUUUUUCACUUUCAUUUCAUUUCAUUUCAUUGAUUAACUUGUGCAAAUAAUGUUCGUUGUCUCAAGCAGUUUUUCACAUCAAUCCAUAUAAACAAAAUGAUGGGCUAUUUGAAUAGAUUUGUGAUUGUUUUCGUUUUUUUUGGCUUACACCGUCAUAGGCAUAAAGUUGAUUAAUUAUUAGAAACUGUAUUGUUUUUAAUAUAGAAUAAAAUAGAUUUAAUAAAUUUGAUUUUGUUUGAUUGAAUAAACUAUCAUUUCAAUUUUAGCUUGAAUUUACAAGGCGAUAAGUGUUGAUAUUAAGCGAAUAAUUCUAUAAUUCAUCAGGUUGUAUCCGCUACAUUGAAAAAAACUGAGAUGAAUUGUACAUUGUCUAAGAGUCCUAUAGUCUAGUAAUAAGCAAAUAUUAAUGAACUAUGAUAAAUAAAUGGUUUAUUUAACUGGGUGACAAUAAAAAAGCAUGACUCGUAAAUACUUUUAGUUGUCAUUGGAAAUAUGGCUCCCUAUAUCGCUUUAUAGCCAACUUUACAUGCCCAUUUUAAAUAUCGAGCGAAAACAUUGUACAUUUCAAUCCUUAUUCUAAUCUACUCAACUGAUAAUUUGAGCAUUAAAGAUUCUUGAAAUUGC